AUGAUGUCUCACCCAAAACUUUUUGAAGACAAGGAAUACUGUCAUUCUAGAAAAGAACUUUACAUGGAUUCUACUGGCCAGUAUCGUCCAAGACAAUCAAAAUCUCUUGGAAGACCAUUUGAAACAACAACUUAUUAUACUAAUGAAUCACGUCAAUGGCACUCAGCUGGUAGCUCCCGUUUAGAUGUAAGCAAAGAAGGUUUUAACACUUUCACUGUUGAUCCUGUCCAUAAUAUUAAAACACCAAUCACAAAAAAUUGCCCUGUUAUCACUACUAACACUACAUUACAACCUAGAUCAGAGUAUAAAAUAAGAUGUCAUGAUCCUAAUUUUCCAACUAAACCUAAAUCCCUUUCUGAGACUGGUGAGAUAACUAUUGAUAAGGAUAUUAUUUAUGAUGGUAAAGAACAACAAGAAAAAGUUUUACUUAUUGAAGAUAAUUAUAAUAAUACUCGUGUUGUUACUCCAGCUCCUAGAGAAAGAUCAUUAUCCAGAAGUUCUGUUUCAUCAUCUAACUCAUCUGAUCAAAAAUAUUAUAGAAGAAGUGAUGUUAUUUAUAAUAAUCCUAAUCAAAAAACUAUUAAUCAACAACCUGUUGAAAAAAAAAUUAUUUCUUCACCACCACCACCUCCACCUAUAAAAAAUUACAAACAUAUUAAUAAAUUUAUAUCAAAAAGUUAUUCUCCAAUUGAAAGAAAAGGAGAAUCACCAACACUUAUUUGUCAAUGUCCACAACCAGCACAAGUUAAACAACCUAAGAUAUAUGGUAUUCCUGAAAAAAAAAUUGUUGAUGUUCCUACAAAAAUUGUUCAUGAACAUAUUAGACCUCAACCUUCUAUUCCACAAGAUACUCCUACUGAUCAAGUUAUAAAAAAACGUCCAAUAUCUUCACAUCGUUCAUCUUCCUAUUCACCUGUUCCAAGUAAAGGUGAAACACCACAAAAAGUUACCUGUAAUGAUAGAAUUAUUUAUUGUGAUCAGGUACCAAAAAAAAUUUCUCAGAUACCAACAAAAGUAGUAUCAAAAACACCAUGUCAAGUUCCACAACAAAUUUCAAAUCAUGUUGAGGUUAAAAAAACAAAAACAUCUUCUCCACCAAUUCCUCAACAAAUUCCAAAUCAAGUUACUACAAAAACUUUAUAUCAAGUACCAGAACAAUAUAAAAUUUCAACAAAAACUCCAUGUCAAGUAUCAAAGUCAUUUGAAAGUAAACCAAUAAAGCCUUCAACACCAAUUCCUACUCAAGAAGUUAUAUUAACUAAAAGAUUUGAUAAAUCUCCUAUUGCUAGAUCUAAAUCAACAACACCAGUAAUUUCCCAAGAACCUCCAAUUAAAGUAGUAACAGAACAUAUACAGGGACAAUAUAAAGUACCUAGUCAUACUUUAACUAAAAGUCCAAUUAAUCAAAAUAAUACAAAACAUUAUAAAUGUCGAUCAACAACACCAGUACCAUCACAAAUUUAUAGACCAAUAAAAUGUAAUACAAAAGAUAUUCCUACAAGAAGACCUACUGAAGAACAACAUUAUUAUCAUAUUCCAGAAAGACCAAUAUCAAAUGUUUCACAAAAACAUCAUGAUAAUAAUAUUCCUAUAUCACAAAAUCAUUAUGAUACUACAUCAUCAUAUCCAUCUAAAUCACCAGUCCAUUCACAAUCACCCCAUCAUUAUUAUAUUCCACAUAUUGCCCAAAAAAAAGAAUACCAUCAAAUACCUAGUCAAAAUGAGUAUAAAAAAUCAUAUAUCUCUCAACAACCAUACUCAUCACAAUCUCCUUCUUAUCCUAUACAAUAUUCACAAGAAAUUCCUAUUGAUUCUUAUUUACAGCAACAACCAAAACAUAGAAAAAUUAGAGUUGAAGAACCUCGUCAUGAUUCUAUUACACCAGUAGUUGAAAUAACAAAAUCAACACCUGUACGUCAAUCUAUAACACCACUUCCUCUUCCAGAAGUUUAUAAAUCAACACCUGUACAUAAAAGUAAUGUAUCACAAACUUUAGCACCAGUUUCUGCUACAGAUGUUAUUCCAUUACCUGGACCACAACAAUUUACUGGAGAAUCAAAAUAUGCUGCAUUACCAAAAUCAAAAUUAACAUAUAGUAAACUUAAAGAUGGAAAAAUUAUUCAUGAAAUUGAAGAAGUUCAAAAUGGAAAUUUAGACAAUAAUCAAAUAAAAUUAGAUCAAAAUAAUAAUACACAUAAAUCAAAUUAUAUUAUAUCUCAAUCUAAUCAAAAGAUUUAUGAAAAAAAACCUGAUGAUCAAUCUAUUGUACCAUAUCAAGUAUAUCCUAAAUAUUCUCCAACUGAUAAAAAAGAAACAACUGGACAUAAAUAUGGUAUUUAUGAUGCAACAAAAUAUUCUACACAAUAUGAAUUAAGUCCAAGUAAAGAAUUAAAAAGUAUUCCAUUAUCAAUAGGAAGUGUAAAACAAUAUAAAUCACAUCAGGAUACAAUAAUACCAAAUAAAAAUAAUCAAUAUAAAUCAUAUGAAAAAGAUCAUGAUAUAACUUAUACAACUAGAGAUACCCCAAUUCAUCAAGUUAAAGAACCAAAAACAAAUUAUUAUACUAAUGAACCAAGAAAAACAUACUAUACAAAAGAACCAACAAAAUAUUAUCGUCAAAGAUCCCCAUCAUCAAAAAAAGUUAUUGAGGAAGAAUAUACAAGACAUUAUAAAAAAACUGAAACAACUGAUGAAUUUAUAAGAGAAAUAACACCAGAACCACAUUAUGAAGGAGAUAUUAAAGAAUAUAAUGGAUAUUAUAAAAAACCAACAGGAUUACCUAAUGUUGGUGUAACAACACAUUACUCAAAACAACAACCAUCAAGACCUAUCUCUGAAGGUACAAUUCUUUUUGAGGAUUCAUCUGAUACUGAACAUCAUCCAAAAACAAAAUCUUUCAAAACAUUUAAAAAAACAGAAAGAAGACCAGGAUCACCAGAAAGAUUAGUUGAUGAGGGAACUAUUUUAUCAACUCCUGAUGGUUUUAAAAUAAUUCUCGAUACCAGUCAUUUUCAUUCUAAUGACGUCAAAAUAACUAAAUAUGAUCAUACCCUUCAACUUGAGGGUAAACAUUAUGAAGUUGAUCGAGAUACUAAUGAUACUGUUACAAGAAGUUUUGUUAGAAAAUAUUCUAUACCAUCAGAUAUUGAUAUGGAUAGUAUUACAGCUACUGUUGAUGGAAAAGGAAUCAUGACAAUUGUUGGUUAUUAUAAAAAAAGUGAACAUCACUAUGAUCAAAGAAGUCUUGUCUAUAAACUUUAA